GCCCUGUCUGCCUUAUCGGCAAUAAGCAUGUCUGGAAUUCCUCUUUACUUUGACAAGCACGGCGUGGCGUGCUUAAACGAGCACUUUGCCUGCUCCUUUACUUUUGAUCAGCGUUGAGCGUGCAUUGGUCGUUUCAUCCUCUGAACCACGUAGCACUCUCCUACAUACCACAUACACUUCCAGGCAAUAUCCACGAUGUCUUUCCUCGAGCAAAAGACAACUCGUGUUACCGGCAAUAAGCCGCACAAUGUCCGCCGUAACAGUACAAUUGGCGGGGAGCCCUCAGGCCAGGUCCCAAACGCGAAGGAGCCUCGAUCGCGGCCUGCAAAGUCACUACGCGACCGCCUGCCCUUCCCCCAGAGCACACUGCCUCCCUCUUCCGGCCCAUACUCGAUCGCAAACAUGGAAAUCGAAGUGCCGGUCAAGAAUCCACGGCCCAUUUCAGAUAUCAAAAGAGACGGGCGGCAUCUAUUACAGCUGGAGACGGUGCUGUUCACGAUGUACUACCCUGCAGCAUUCGGAACGGGCGAGGGUCAGGAUCCAUCAGGGCACAAGCACUGGAGUCGCGAGACAUGGUUGCCUCGACCAAGAAUGCAAACAGCGCGAGGCUACGCGCACUUUGCUGGCAUCCCAGACUGGACUUUGAUUAGUUUUUUGGGCGCAACUUCCAUGCUUACCAAGCUUCGAGGUUUCCGAAACAGUCCACCAGCUACUCAUUGGCCACCUGCGGGCAAUUACAAACAGAACGGGUACAAGAUUAAAAAUCAAGAAGGGCCUCCCCCGGAGGGACACGAUAGAGAGCCGGUCUUCCCACUGUUGAUGUUUAGCCACGGCCUCGGAGGUACUCGGACGGCAUAUUCAAGCUUGUGUUCUGAGUUCGCAAGCUAUGGCUUCGUUGUCUGCGCAGUCGAACACCGCGAUGGAUCAGGACCGAGGACGUUUGUCAAUCACAGGAAACAGGACAUCCGAAGUAAGGAUCACAAAGGAGGAGCGAAAGCAGACAAGGCAGCCUGUGAGAGAAACAAGGAUUGUGACCAGGAGUGGGAGCAAUGGAAAGAUGUGGACCACACUGAGGAAGAGCUUCGCAAGGGCCGUCACAAUAUAGAUUACAUUUUCCCCAAAGGCAACCGAACGGAUACAGCACCCAAUAAUGAGCAAGGUGUAGACCAAGAAUUGCGGAAUGCGCAAAUUGAGCUGAGGCUGUGUGAGCUCGAGGAAGCCUACAAUGUCCUCAAGAAGAUUUAUGCCGGAGACGGUGAGGAAGUUGCUCGUCAAAAUUUGCGAAGCGAGGGCUAUGUAGGUGGCUCGUCACGAGGUCUGAAAGGCGUCAACUGGCAGCAAUGGAAGAAUCGGUUCCAUAUCGACAAGAUGACCAUCGCUGGGCACAGCUUUGGUGCCGCUACCGUGGUGGAAGUCCUACGACAUACCGAUCGAUUUAAGAAUGUACAGGCUGGCAUCAUCUACGACAUAUGGGGUGCGCCCAUCAAGCCGCCCGCCGAAGCCCCCGAACACCGUAUACACCUGCCACUCCUGGGGAUAACCAGCGAAGCCUUCAUGUAUUGGCAACAGAAUUUUGACGCCGUCAUGUCACUGAUGAAGGAGACGAAGGAGAGUGGUGCACCGGCAUACCUGCUCACAGUUCGAGGAUCCGUGCACAUCAGUCAAUCCGAUUUUUCCCUCUUGUAUAGAGGCAUUACCGAGCUCCUCAUGAAGGCUACAGUGCACCCUCAGAGGGCGAUCGACCUCAACAUCAGCGCGUCUCUCGAAUUCCUUCGUUUAGUGGCUCCGGAUGCCGGCGCUGGCAAGUCUCUGAUCAAUCGUGCUUUGAAGGAUGAAGGCUUGUUAGAGACAGAACUCCUCGAAGAAGUGCCCAAUGAGCAUCGGCCAACCGACCAAUGGAUUGCCGCUAGGUUGAAGGUACCACACGAAUUCCGCACACGCCUUACCACGGGUGUGCAAAGACACUUCAAGAAGAACAAGAAGGGAGAGACAACGUACAGUACAGGGGACGAAGUCUGGAUGCACUUUAAGCCUACCGCGACAGAGCUGGAGAAGUGGAUCAAGAAAGAAGGCAGGGGCGAGAAGAGGAUCGACUCCAACCACGCCAUGAAACUAGCAGCUGAAAAUGGCAAUCCUGCAACACACGAACUGCACGUCGAAAGAGAGGGCAAUGGCAAAAGCAAUGCAAGCGGCGCAACUGCCUCUCGCAAUCGUUCGCAGAUCGAUAAGGAUACCAACGGCGUGGACAGGAGUGAUCUGGCACAAUCUCACAGCGCAGAUUUGACCAAGUGCGAGGCCAAUAGUACUCUCAAGAGCAACAGGAAGGAACAAGGGAGAGAUUUCGCAGCGGGCGACGUGUCGAAGUAGAUUAAGAUCGUACUUCAGUGGCAAUCCAGUGUUCUUCAGAAGCCAUCAGUAUCAUGUUAUUCAAAACGUGCACCCCUCACAAGAAAUCGCAGUCAAUGGGAGACCAACAUGUGCGAUGAUACUACUAACU